AUGGGCGUGGAUAGUGCACCGCCUCGACCUCUGCAGUUGGAAGCGGGCUCCGGCGACGGCCCCGGGCCGCCGGUGAACAACAACACCGAGGGCGCGGUCGCCAGCCCCCCACGGGACGACAACCACAAUGCACAGCUUACCACGACGCGAGCCACGCCUCUUACUCCUUCAGAUAUCCUUAAAGUAUAUGGUGAUCGAUUAACAGAAUGGGAAAGAACAGAGGUACGAAAAUACCCAGAAGUGUGGUUUCUGGGCUUAGAAGCGAAUAAGGUGCAAGCGCGGUCCAACCUGCCAAACAACUGCGGUUUCGAUGAUGAAAAUGGCAGCUAUAACAAACAAAUCCACGACCACAUAGCCUACCGAUAUGAGAUCCUCGAAGUGAUAGGCAAAGGUUCCUUCGGCCAAGUUAUCAGGGCCUUGGACCAUCGCUCCGGUAACCAAGUGGCCAUCAAGAUCAUCAGAAACAAAAAGCGGUUCCACCACCAGGCCCUGGUAGAAGUCCGGGUUCUAGACCACCUCAGGCUAAAAGAUAAGGACCAAUCGCACAAUGUCAUACACAUGCUGGAUUACUUUUAUUUUAGGAAUCAUUUGUGCAUAAGCUUUGAACUUAUGAGCAUCAACUUAUACGAGUUGAUAAAGAAGAACAACUACCAAGGGUUCAGCCUGAGCCUCAUCCGGCGGUUCGCGAGCUCGCUGCUGCGCUGCCUGCGGCUGCUCGAGUCCGAGAACAUCAUACACUGCGACUUGAAACCUGAGAACAUCCUCCUGAAGGCGCGAGGCAGCUCGUCCAUAAAGGUGAUCGACUUCGGCAGCUCGUGCUACACGCACGCGCGCGUCUACACCUACAUACAGUCGCGCUUCUACCGCAGCCCCGAGGUCAUCCUCGGCCUGCAGUACGGCACCGCCAUCGACAUGUGGAGCAUGGGCUGUAUCCUGGCGGAGCUGCACACGGGCUACCCGCUGUUCCCGGGCGAGAACGAGGCGGAGCAGCUCGCCUGCAUCAUGGAGCUGCUGGGCGCGCCGCCGCCCGACCUGCUGCUGCACGCCACCAGGAAACGACUUUUCUUUGACUCGAAGGGCUCGCCGCGCUCGGUGACCAACUCGAAGGGGCGCAAGCGGCGCGCCGGCGCGCGCGCGCUCGCCGCCGCCGUGCGCUGCGACGACCCCGCCUUCCUGCACUUCCUGCACCGCUGUCUCGAAUGGGAUCCAAAACGACGUAUCACGCCAACGGAGGCAACUCGUCACGAAUUUGUGACUGGUUGUGCUUUGGGCAGCACUCCUUCAGGGAUGCUGGCGUUGCCUCGUCUCCCGCCCCCGCGGCCCACGCGGACGGCGCUCCUGCACUCGCAGUCGGCGGGCGACGUGGCCGCCAUGUUGGGCAGAGCG